GGCGCCCGGCCGGCGGGGGAGCCCGGACAAUGACGCCGGCGACCACGACGGCACUGCUGCUGCUGCUGGCGGCGGGCGUCGCGACGGCGGAGGAAGAGGACGACCAGGAGGAAGGCGAGGACGCGCGCUCGUACCGCGGCUACCGCGUGUACCGCGUGUUCCCGGCGGGCGGCGCCGAGCUGCGCGAGCUCGUGUCCGGGCUGGACGACGAGGUGUCGCUGUGGACGCAGUACCUCGGCCGCAACGGCAGCUCGGCGGACCUGCUGACGGCGCCGCGGGCUGCGGCGGAGGUCACGGCGCGACUGGAGGCGCGGCGCGUGCCCUACCUGCUGCUCAUCGCCGACCUGGAGGAAGCCAUCCGCGAGGAGAACCCGCCAGUGGACCCGGAGGAGGAGGACUGGGAGAACCGCGGCGGCCAUCGCCUCACCUGGACGCGCUACCACCGGUACAAAGACAUCGACAGUUACCUGGACUACUUGGCGAACACGUACACGGACAUAUGUCAGACAGAGGUGAUCGGCAAGACCUCUCAAGGUCGCGACAUGAAGCUCCUGAAGGUCUCCACCGGCGGCAAGGGGAAGCCGGCCAUAUGGAUUGACGGCGGCAUACACGGUCGAGAGUGGAUCUCCCCCGCCAGCGCGACCUACGUCCUGCUGCAACUGGUGGAGUUCCGGGAGCAGCACUCGGAGCUGCUGGACUCCGUCGACUGGUACAUCCUGCCCGUGGCCAACCCGGACGGCUACGAGUACUCCCACACCAAGGACCGGCUGUGGCGCAAGACGCGCUCCGCCGGGACCCCGCACCGCCGCAAGGACGGCAAGAAGGCGAGGACCUGCUACGGGGUGGACCCCAACCGCAACUGGGACUUCCACUGGCGGGAGGGAGUCGCCGGGGAGGCGUGCCGGGAGGACUUCGCCGGCCUGCGGGCCUUCUCGGAGCCGGAGACCCGCGCCAUGUCGGACUACAUCCUGGCCCGGCGGCGCGACAUCAAGGUGUACCUGACGCUGCACUCGUACUCGCAGAUGUGGCUGGUGCCGUGGGGGUACCAGGACGAGAAGCCGCGCGACUACUACGACAUGUACGUGCUGGCGGAGAAGGGCGUGAAGGCGCUGGAGGCGGUGCGGGGGACGGACUACCUGCUGGGCACGGCCGCCGAGCUCAUGUACACCUCCGCAGGGGGCUCGGACGACUGGGCCAAGGGCGCGGCCGGGGUGAAGUACUCGUACAGCGUCGAGCUGCCCGACACGGGGCAGCACGGCUUCGUGCUGCCGGCCGCCCAGAUCGAGCCGGUGGGGCAGGAGACGUGGGCGGCCGUCAAGGCCAUCGCCGCGCACUUCGCCGAGGGCCACGACUGAGCACACCACGCCCGAGACAUGCAGCGCAGCCGUUCGCGACAUGAGGCGUUUAGAGUCGCGGCUGCAAUAUUGCUCUGAAGUUACACUACAGGAAUUGUACACCUGCCACAAAACUCCAAAAUCUUUGGUUAAAAAUAUUUUUUAGCCUGAAGAGUAUAUAUUGGUCAUUAAUUUCACUUCACUAAGACCACUUUGAAUUAAGUCCCAAAGUAUAGGGUGGUUAGCAGUGCGACAGUCGCAACUUGACUGGUAACAAUCAGGUUUCGAAAGUAACUAGUUACAACCAACAGUUACUUUUUUGAAAAUAAUGAGAGAACUUUUUUUUUUUUUUUAAAUUUUAGUAAUUUUGCUGGUAGUGUAAUUAGUUUGGAUCAAGAUAGGAUAAAAAUUUCUUGUUAUUUAUUUAGUUAAAUUUCAUGGCUAAUUUUAUAUUACAGUUUUUUUGUUGUUCUUAUGGAAUCAUUUUUUCCCAAUUGGAUUUUAUGUAUAUUCAAUACAGUAUUUUUUAUUAUCUUUAUCCACUGACUUUCAUUUACUUGUUCCUAUGUAAGCAGAACACCAGUCCUUUACAUAGGUGCAAUCUAUUUUUCAUCUUAAGUAUUUUGGUCAUUGUAUUUUAUAAAGGUUAACUUUAUAUAAAAUAAAAUAUUUUAGACAA